CCUACCACGACCCCAUGCUGAAACUCUCCAUCAUGUCUGAGGAGGAGCUCACCCACAUUUUUGGGGACUUGGAUUCCUACAUUCCUCUGCAUGAAGACUUACUGGCAAGCUUGGGAGAAGCAACAAAGCCAGAUGGAACCGUGGAGCAGAUUGGGCCCAUCCUUGUGAAGUGGCUCCCCCGCCUGCACGCCUACAAAGGCUACUGCAGCAACCAGCUGGCAGCCAAAGCGCUGCUGGACCAGAAGAAGCAGGACAGGAGGGUGCAGGAUUUCCUGCAGCGCUGCCUCGAGUCUCCCUUCAGCCGCAAGCUGGACCUGUGGAGCUUCCUGGACAUCCCUCGGAGCCGCCUGGUCAAAUACCCCCUGCUCCUCAAGGAGAUCCUCAGGCACACCCCCAAGGAGCACCCCGACAUCCACAUCCUGCAGGAGGCUAUCUCCAUAAUCCAAGGAGUCCUCUCUGACAUCAACGUGAAGAAGGGCGAGUCGGAGUGCCAGUACUACAUUGACAAGCUGGAGUACCUGGAUGAGAAGCAGAAGGAUCCGAGGAUUGAAGGCAGCAAAGCUUUGCUGUGCCACGGGGAGCUGAAGAAUAAAAAUGGACAUAAGCUCUACGUCUUCCUCUUCCAAGAAAUGCUGGUGCUGACGCGGCCGGUGACCCGCAACGAGCGCCAGGCGUUCCAGGUGUACCGGCAGCCCAUCCCCGUGCAGGAGCUGCUCCUCGAGGACCUCCAGGAUGGAGAUGUCAAAAUGGGGGGCUCCUUCCGAGGGGCUUUCGGCAAUUCUGAUAAAGGUACGGAGCUCUGGGAGCGCCGGGGGCUGGGAUGGACGGAGACGAGAGAUCUCUGCA